CGGCCGGUAUCCUCCACGUGAGUCCGGUGAACCCAGGCCCCCGGACCUAUGGAGAGUCCCGAAGCUAUGGAGGGCCCCGAGCUCGGGGAGGAAAGCCCGACACCGGUGCCCCAGAAGCGCUUCUACCGACAACGAGCUCACUCUAACCCCAUGGCCGACCACACGCUGCGCUACCCUGUGAAGCCAGAGGACAUGGACUGGUCUGAGCUCUACCCCAAGUUCUUUGCCCCACUGACCCACAACCAGAGCCAUGAUGACCCAAAGGAUGAGAAAGAAGAGGGAACUCAGGCCCAAGUGGAAUUUGCAGACAUAGGCUGUGGCUAUGGUGGUUUGUUAGUGGAACUAUCCCCAAUGUUCCCAAAUACACUGAUCCUUGGCCUAGAGAUCCGGGUAAAGGUCUCGGAUUAUGUUCAAGAUAGGAUCCGAGCCCUUCGAUCCACUUCUGGGGGUGGCUUCCAGAACAUCGCCUGUCUUCGUAGCAAUGCCAUGAAGCAUCUCCCCAACUUUUUCCACAAAGGGCAGUUGACAAAGAUGUUCUUCCUCUUCCCUGACCCACACUUCAAACGGACCAAACACAAGUGGCGAAUCAUCAGCCCCACACUGCUGGCGGAAUAUGCCUACGUGCUGAGAAUUGGGGGGCUGGUGUACACCAUCACAGAUGUGAUGGAUCUGCACAGCUGGAUCUGUACCCACUUUGAAGAACAUCCCUUGUUUGAACGAGUGUCCCAAGAGGAAUUGGUUGAUGACCCUAUUGUGGGACGCCUUGGCACUUCAACUGAAGAGGGAAAGAAGGUUCUUCGGAAUGGGGGAAAGAACUUCCCAGCUAUCUUCCGGAGAAUUCAGGAUAUUGUUGUCUAACCAAUAGCCCCUGGCUCCACUCUGGCUGGACACUGAUCUCUGGCCUCUCCACAUCUAGAUCUAUUUUCCCUGUGUCUGGAAGGAGAGAUGGAGGCUCCUCCGGGUGGGGGUGGGCAUCUCUGUGUGGUACUGUUUCUGCCCCAGGAAAGCCUGGAGGCUGCAGGGAAAAGGGAUCCAGAUGUUCUGAACAGCUUCCUUGACUCCUUGAUUGUUCUUCAGUCCAUUUUUCACCGGGAAGAAGAUGGGCUUAAGACUGCUCCUCAAACCUAAAACAAGUUAGAAAGUGUUCCUGAGAUAAAGGAGCCUCAUUCUCUAGUGCCCCCUUCAGCCAGGAUCUGCUCUGUAUAGCUGGAAUAAGAAAACACAUUGCACUGCCAGCUAAACUGCCUGCUGGGCUCCCA